GAGUAGCGAAGCUUGGAAAAAUAAGCACUCGACUCAUAUGAACAUAGAAAACGCUGAAAGACAAGAGAAGUUGUUAUCUCACCUCCAUUGGCUCACGAAACGUUGCAAUAUUGACUUCAAGGGGAAUCCUCCGCCUUUUGAGCAACCAAAACAUCGGAAACUUGUGGAACGAGCAAAUCAGCAUCGAGCUAAUGCCCUAGCUGCUGGCGUAAACUUUUUACCCUCUUAUCACGUGACUAAGCCACUUGGGCUUGACGCAACACGCAUUGAUCAUCUAAAGGGUGUAGACAGUACUAAGUUUUCUACUACUCUAAUGGAAAAGGGAAAUUCAAUACAGCAGAAAGUCAACUCAGAAACUGGGUUUACAGAAAUACAAACUGCUCUUUGUUGGGACAUUAGACUCUGUUCAAAGCAACCGCAAUUCCAUGCGAUCUCUGAAUUUUGUCAAGAUCUUGAGUCUGCACCCAAUGGAAUGCAAUAUGUUGAUUCACAGCGCGUACAUAGUCUACCACCCCAAGAACAUAUCGUUGGACAUCCUGGUGAGACUACGUUGAGGUUGAAAUUAAACAAGCAUUCUGCAAUAGAACACGCCAAUCGUUGGCUUCAAGGAUCUCAAAUGGUUAAUCACAGUGUACGAUCUGCCCAACAAAGAGUCAAGAAGGUUACCUUACGUCGAUGA